AGGCGGCCGAGCACUUGCAGGGCAACUUCGAGCAGAUGAUGUCACAGCUGGAGGACUGCAUGCCCCUCCUCGGCAAGCUGAGCGGGGCAGCCUCGGAGGCCCGACGGGGCAGGGGUGCGAGGACCUCCGCUCGCAGCUCCGCUCCGGCGAGGGCCUGCUGCGGGAGCGCGGGCGGCAGCUGGCGGAGGCGCAGGCCGAGGCGCAGGAGCAGCGCCGCUUGGCCGAGCACCUCGGCGGCGAGGCCGAGGCGCUGCGGGCCUCGCUCGGGGAGGCCGAGGAGCGCAAUGCCGAGCAGCACAGGGCCGUGGUGUCCGAGCAGACCGUGUCCCUCGCGCGCGCGGCCACGAUCGAGGAGCUGAGCGGCAAGCUCGCGGCUGCCGACCGCGACCUCGCGGACUGCGUCGCGCAGCGCGAGGAGGCCGCCACGCGACUCGCGGCCGCGCUGCCGGCGUGCGAGGCAGCGGAGCGGCGCGCGGCCGAGGCCGAGGAGAAGCUCGCCGCCGAGCGGCUGGAACGCGAGCAGCUCUCGGAGGCCUUCCGCGAGCUGCAGAGCGCCCAGGCGGCUGGCCAGCAGGACCUGGCCGAGGUCGAGCUGGCCUGCGCGCGCCAAGUGGGCGAGUUGUCCGAGCGGGGGGCCGAGCUGGAGGCCUUGAGGUUGGAGAUGGAACGCUUGGAGGAGCAGCUGCAUGCUUCAGAGGCCCUGCGCGCAGACGCGGAGCAGCGCGCCCAGCGCGUGCCGUCCUACGAGGAGAAGCUCGCGGCGGAGCAGGACAGACGCGAUCAGCUCACGACCCAGCUCGCCGAGUGGGAGGAGAUGCUGGACCAGGCGCGGUCCGAGGCCUCCCAGGAGCGCCUCGCUCGGGAGCGCGAGGUCCAGGCGCUGCGCUCGAAGGCCUCGCAGGCCCAGGCGGCCCUGCAGGAGCUGGAACGCUCCCGCGCGACGGUCGCCCAGCAGCAGGAGGAGAUUACCGAGCUGGAGUCUCUGGUCUGCGAGCUCCGGACACAGUCGGAGCGAGACCAGGAGGGCGCCCGGCUGCAGCAGCGCGCGACGGAGCAGAAGGUCGCGUCGCUCACGGGCAGUCUCGAGGAGGCGAGCUCGGCGCUGCAGCGGCUGCAGGCCCAGCUGGAGGGGACCAUGGACGAGUGCGCCAGGGAGCAGGCCGCGAUGCGGCAGAUGGUCGACGAGCGCGUCGUGCAGCUGCAGAGCAAGGAGGAGGAGGUCGUUCGCCUGCGCGAAAACCUGGAGACGACCAAGCGGGAGCAUGCUCGCGAACAGCUUGCGUCGGGUCUGCCCGAGCAGAACCGCGAGCUCUCCCUCACCCGGAGGCAGUUCACGCACGACCUGGAGCUGGCGGAGUCGGAGAACCGGAGCCUGCGGGAGGCCGUGGCCCUCUUCGAGGAGGACCUCGAGCGGGUGACGGGCCAGAGCGCCCAGGC